UCAAUUCGUUAUUGAAGUCGAAUCUUUGCAACAAAAGCAAACGAGGAAUUGGUGUUGUCGCAAGUAUAUUUUAUUCGAUAUUUUUUAUCAACCAUUUAAAAGUGACGAAAAUAAUUAAGUAACCUUCUGUAAUAAAAAAAAAUUGUGCGUGAGUUUCAUUUUCUGGUUGAAAAGUACCGAUUGUUAUAUGAAAAAACAUAUCUUCAGAAAGAUGCAUAUGCUGGAAAAAUUUAAGAGUACAUAAAUUUCAAAGUGGAAAGGAAUUGAAGAAAAAGAAAGAUGUGCUGAAGAUUAAAUACAAGAAGUAAAUACACAGAUUUUUGCAAAAUAAAUCAAGUAUUUUAUUUUAAAAUGCUAAAUAUUUAUAUAAACUAUAAAUGGUGAAAUAAAUAGUGAUGUCAAGUGCAAUAAAAGUGGUUUAUUCUUGUCCCCAAUAAAAAGGAUAAAAUAAGAGAUUUCACUAAAGGUGUGUAAAAUCGUUUCAGUGCUGAUUGGUUUAAAUCCAAAUUAGCCAAGUAAUCAAAUAAUCACGGUUGUCAUAAAGCUGUUAUAUUUGUGCUCAGCUUAUCAAAAUUUUUUGCAAUAAUUAAAUAUAAUGCAGAACAGUAGUAAUUCCAAUCGUCAAGGCAAAGAGAAACGUUUCUCUAUCCACGAUGCAUUUGAAGAGGAGACAGACGAGGCAAUACGGGUAUAUGGUUCCACCGUGAUAUCAACACCUAUGCGGGCAAAACAACGUUCAACCGAUGAUGUAUCCAUUCGCAUUCAGGAUCCAAAAAACUACACCAAAUACGCAGAGGAUACAACAUCGCGUGACAGUGACUCGCUGAUCCAGGAGUACGGCAACAUACCCACAGAGGAGACAAACACAUACUGUUGGCGGCAUCCGAAGGUGCGCGAAAACUGGCGAACUGUUUUAGCGGCUGUCACUUUGCUGAUUGUCGGCACUGGACUCUUUGUAUUCGGCACAUUCGCUGUCGCAGAUCCGGCGAACACAUCACAGGGUGUGGUGUUCUUUGUUGCCGGCCUAAUCUGCUUCAUACCGGGCGCCUAUCAUGUCGUCUACAUUUGGUUGGCAGCCAAGGGAUACAGAGGGUUCGACUUUUACCACCUGCCGUUGUUUACAUAAAACAACGACGACGCCAACACCGUCGACUACCAAGCUAGAUGGGUAGACAACAAUGACGAUGACGAUGAAGACGAUGACAACAACGACUACAACAUGGGUGAAGGCAUUAAUCAAGACGUUGGCCAUGACAAUGAUAAAACCGAUAGCAGAAUGGCUUAAUACGCAACGAGUUGUAUAUAUUUUAUAUAUGUACAUGUAUGUACGCGUAUGUUUAUUCAGCAUAGCUUGACAUUAUCCUUUGCUUUCGGCGUUGUUUUGUCGUCGUCUUAGAGAUUUGCGUGUUGUGUGUUGACCGGCGGCAUAGUCGAAAUAUUCAAACAGAGCUAAUAUUACGGUCGAAGUAGUCUUCGCCGCACUUAAAAUGCAGCUAAUUUUUUGUUACUAACAUCGCAACAUCGUCAUUACAUCUUAACUAAUUUGUGAAGCAAGGCAGUUUCCCAAAUAAACACAUUAAAAAAUCGUAUUGCCUAGCGGUCGCGCACCACCACCAUGCGUACACAUGUCAUUUUGUCGUUGUGGAGUUUGACUAAACACUCACAUACACACAUAUACAUAGUUUACUUUGGCCCGGUGGGCAAAGUGCACGCCAAAUUUAUAUGACUUAGAAGGCUGCGUCUCUAACUCAUCUUAAUAUCUAGUUAAGAUAUACUAAAAAACGCUUCUGAUAUUACAUAAACGGUAUACUAUAGUAAAACGUAGAAAGCAAUGAAACAAUAAGUGUCACUCUCUUAGUUUUAUUACACUUACGAAAUUCUAAAUUUCACUAUCGCUGAUAAAUAGUUUUCUAUGUAUUUAGUUAUGUAUAUUUAGCUGUGUAACUAAGUGUGAACAGAAAUUCGAUACUACUUGCAUACGAAUGGCUACAAAUUGCAUAUGGAAAACGAACUGAGAAUAAGUAAAAUACAAUAAAAGCGAGCAGGGAGCGUUCGACAAGCAGAGUUGAAAGAAUUCUAGGCGGGAGUUCGUGGGCAUGCUCUAGCGACUGAAGAAAGAACAAAGCCAAAAUUUGUCAUAAAUCCAAGCACGUAGC